AAGUUUGGUAGUGGCCAGAGAGGCGCCUCGAGCUCUCAGAGGUGGGAGAACAGGUCGGUGAAGGUGGAGCUUCAUAGCCAACCUCCUCGUUUUAUCCCAACCCCAGCGACAAAAAUAAAACACUGAGCUCGACACUAUUUAUUCGGCGGGCUGUCGGUAGCUGCAGUGGUCAUCGGGAAGCGGCUGGCCCGGUGGUGGGGAAAAGGAGACGUGUCACCGCGGGCUGUCGGGGCAGCCCAUUCCCCAGCGGUGGUGGAAUAGAAUGCAGCAAGAACAAUUUGACUUUUGAAAUUUCCUGCUUCUAAAUCAUCCCUGCAGGCAGGAAUCAUGGCUGACACUAUAUUCGGAAGUGGAACAGAUCAGUGGGUGUGUCCUAAUGACAGACAACUUGCCCUUCGAGCCAAACUCAAAACUGGUUGGUCUGUGCACUCUAACGAGUCUGAGAAACAGCGGCAAAAUCAGAUCCUAACUAAGAAGGAGAUUGCAGUUAUUCUUGAUGUCAUCAAAAGGGCAGAAAAUCUGGAUCUGGUUGAACAGAAACGGAUUGGUCGCCUUGUUGAACGUUUAGAAAAUAUGAAGAAGAAUGUGAUGGGAAAUGGUCUAGCUCAGUGCUUGUUAUGUGGAGAGUUACUUGGAUUUCUGGGAUCAACAUCUGUUUUCUGUCAAGACUGCAGAAAGAAAGUCUGUGUAAAGUGUGGAAUUGAAACACUUGGGAGCCAGCGGAGACCCAUUUGGCUUUGCAAAAUAUGCAGUGAGAGAAGAGAGAUUUGGAAGAGAUCUGGAGCUUGGUUUUACAAAGGGUUGCCAAAAUACAUUCUGCCAUUGAAAAGCAAUGCAAGAAACAGCGAGCUUCAAUUACGACCUAUUCAGAUGGAGCAUGGGCAAAGUGUUGUUGCCAACCGAUCAUACAGUUGGGCUAAAGGAAGAGUUUUCUCCAGUGACAGUGAAAGUGAAUCAGAAUGCAGUAACUGCAGUCAAGAUGACAAUGUUUCAGCCAACAGCUCGAAGAACCACAAUACAGAAAAAGGAAGAGAGGAAUCUGGUAGGAAAAUGAAAGUUUUGAGCUAUGAGCCAACCAGUAAAACUGCAGCAAGCUAUAAAUUAACAAACACUUUGCCUGAGGGUCGAGCCAGUCUUGGUAGUGAACAUGGAGAACAUUCAAGCGCCACAGGGAGUUACAGUGGUGAUGGCCUUUGUGAUGACUGCAGCGACUUUGACAAGAAUUCACUAGCAGAUGAAAGCAAGCAUGUCUGGCAGUUUGAUAAAACUAGAACACAAAGGCACAACAUGGCAGAUUCUGGAAUUCUGAAAUAAAAACAGAAAAUGCUGAAAAUACUCAGCAGGAGAGGCAGCAUUUUGAGGAGAGAGAUUCACAGUUGCUGACUUUAGUCAGAACUGAAGAGCUGGAGAUGUAAAGGUUUUAAGCAACUUUGGUGGUGAAAAUGGACGAUGGAGAACAACAAAACAAGGCUCAUGAUAGGGUAGAGAUAAUGGGAACUGCAGAUGCUGGAGAAUCCAUGAUAACAAAGUGUGUAGC